AUUACUGUGCAUCACUCAUAACGAUACUGAUCGUGUGCUAUAGGACCCUUAAGAGGGAUUGUGUCAUAUCUGGGUGCAUGACGCUAAGAAUUUCCGCCCUCUGGGCGUGGUCGAGGACCAAUGAACACACCCCCUCCGUACACGUGGGUGUUGGUGGGGAUUUAAACUCGUGGCUCCGAGGCAGCAGCGUUACACCGAGUUGAUUUAGGGGGGAUUGGGGUUUUUCUUGUGUGUUUCUCACUGAGGACUUUCUAUAGAACCAUUGGCACCUCCAUAACUAGGAAAUAUGAGUUCCGCCAACACAGAUCAGCGACUUGACCAUCUCCUCAGCGCCGUGGAAAGCGAGUUCCAGAAGGGCAGCGAGAAAGGCGACGCCUUGGAGAGGGAUAUUAAAGUGGGGCUUGAAGACGUGGAUCUUUGGACCAAGUUUAAGGAACUCACGAACGAAAUGAUUGUGACCAAGACUGGCAGGAGGAUGUUUCCAGUUCUCCGAGCCAACGUAUCAGGGCUGGACCCCAACGCAAUGUACUCGGUCCUACUGGACUUCGUAGCGGCCGACAAUAAUCGGUGGAAGUAUGUCAACGGGGAAUGGGUUCCAGGCGGCAAACCGGAGCCUCAAAGCCCCAGCUGCGUGUACAUUCACCCGGACUCUCCCAACUUCGGCGCGCAUUGGAUGAAAGCGCCCAUUUCUUUCAGCAAGGUCAAGCUCUCCAACAAGCUCAAUGGAGGGGGGCAGAUUAUGUUGAACUCUCUGCACAAAUACGAGCCUCGCAUUCACAUCGUGAAAGUCGGAGGGAUUCAGAAAAGGAUUAACAGCCAGUCAUUCCCCGAGACGCAGUUCAUCGCAGUGACCGCUUAUCAGAACGAAGAGAUCACUGCUCUGAAAAUUAAACACAACCCCUUUGCAAAGGCGUUUCUUGAUGCUAAAGAAAGGAGUGAUCACAAAGAUAUCCCAGAACAUGCCAGCGAUGGCCAGCAAUCAGGAUAUUCACAAAUUGGAGGAUGGUUUCUCCCUGGCAGCGGUUCCAUCUGCCCCAGCACGAACCAGGCCCAGUUUGGCAGUGGAGCGCCCCUCUCCUCUGGGUCUUACUGUGAGCGGUACUCUGGCCUGAGGAACCACAGAACAGCACCGUACCCCAGCCACUACUCUCACAGAAACUCCUCUCCCAAUAAUUACAUGGAUAACUCUUCUUCUGGAUUGACUUCUCAUGAUAGCUGGUCUGGUCUGCAGAUCCCCAACACCAAUGGGAUGGUCUCCCUCUCUCACACCAGCAACUCUGCCACAAACUCAAGUCAGUACCCAAGCUUGUGGUCGGUCGCCGGCACCUCUCUCAACCCUGGCUCCCCGUCGGGCUCCAUCACCAGCGGCCUGACGUCACAGUUCCUCCGCGGAUCCUCUGUCUCUUAUACAGGCUUGGCCUCUUCCAUGCCAGCACCUUCCGGGUCCCCCAUGUACGACAGCACCCUGAGUGACGUGGGUGGGAACGAGGCCCAGUUCGAGAGCUCCAUAGCGAGGCUCACUGCGUCCUGGGUGCCCUUGGCUCAGAGUUACUGACUGGAGUAACCGUGGCAAUCAAUGCAGUGGAGCUGGCCCGAUCCUUAGCUGGUGUGCUUGCUGAAAACCUGUCUACCGCAGGCUCUCCAUUGGGUUUAGCUGAGAUUUUCUGAACUGGUAUUACAAAAAAAAAGAAUUCUACCUCGGUGAAAAUCCUUUGAACAUUUUCCUUUUCACUUCAUGAGCCCGGGGAAGGUCGGCAUGGACAAACAGUGGAGCCUGACGGGCAGACCUACAGUAGGAAUCUCUUGGGUGCCUGGGAGAAUGAAUACUGUCCAGCUGUGACACAGUCACGAAGGAAUCAAGCUUGUUGAUGGCCAGCGAAGUACUUGAGUUACAAAACAAUAUCCCUGUGCACAGCUGUGGCCAAUCAGCAUCACUGAAUUUUAUGAUUGAGACAAUAUAUUAUAUAUGAACAUAAUUUAGAUCUUUUAUUUAACAUCAUGCAAUCAA